AUGGCUCUGCGAGGGCUGGCUCUGGCCUUUCUACUGGUCCUCGUCCCUCUGCUUCUAGCAUGGAGACAGAAGGACCCUGCUCCCAAUGACCAGGGGGAAGGCAAGGAAGCAGAAACAUGCCAAAGGCCCCGCUGGGGCCGAGGACUCCGGCUGGCACCAGACCAGGACAAUUACAAGAAGAACGAAGAAGUGAUGCUGAGCUGCCCUGAGGGUUCCCAGCCAUCCUUCACCCAUGUCAAAUGUACAGGAAAAGUCCUUUCCAUCACCAAUGGGAAACCAGUACACAGAGAAGCUUGGCUUGGAAGGGACAGCAGAGGUGUCUGGAGCCACGUUCAGUCCAGCGUGGAGUGCGUUGAUGUCCUCCAGGUUGCCCCUGGGACCUUGGAGAUUUCCAGCACCAGCAUCAAACUGAACUGGACCUGCAAGCUCCCUGAAGCCUGUCAGCAGAUUUGGGCCAGGUGCCGGUUGGAAGAGCAUUCCUCCCCGCCCUGUGAGGCUGAGGAGGUGAAGGGAGAGGAGAGGCUACAGGGCUGGAAGGGAACAUUCACCUGUCCCCCUCUGCAGCCCUUCACUGUCUACAGUGUCACCAUCUCCCUGCCGCCCAGCACAAUCCUGUACACACGGCUCCUCAGGACGAAGGAAAUGGUGCCUGACAAACCGGAGAAGCUGUGGCUGGAUCCCAGCACGGGGUCCCUGCGGUGGGAGCCACUGCCCUCCUGCAAAGGGGAGAUCAUCGGAUACCAGCUGAACAUCACAGCCAGGAGAGCGCAUGAUGGUAGCUUCCUUGAAUCCAAGCAGGUGUUGGUGAACCAGUCUGUCACUCAGUACAUGCCACCUCAUCAGAUGCCUGGAAGCAAAUACACGGUGACAGUGCGGGGCCUCACGGCAGCUGGUGCUGGAGCUGCGUCACUGCUGGAAUUUCAAAGCUACGUCUCGGGGCAGCCUCUGGGCCCGUGGCCCGGAUCAGCGGUCGUGGUGGUGGUUGUGCUGUCCCUGCUGGUGCCCCUGUCCGCCGGGAUCCUGUGGUUCGUGCUGUCCAGGAAAAGGGCGGCCUUGCCCAGCAAAGCUGAGGAGGAUCAUUACACAGAGCUCCAGACCUAUGAGAACUUGGAUAAUUACUGUGUGGUCAAGGAGACGCUUCUGGCAGAGGAAGGUGCAGGUAAAGAUGGCCAGGCUGGAGAGAUGUUGCCCCAGCCCUUGCCUGUCCUGGAGCCCUCAGGAGACCGUCAGAGCAGUGAGGGAGAGAAGAUGGGUUGGACGUCCAAGGCUCGGUACUGA